AUGGUCGGUGCACCACCCCUUCAAGGGCUCAAGGUCCUUGAGUUCGCUGGUCUAGCGCCAGGUCCUUUUGCUGGUCUUCUGCUCUCGGACGCUGGAGCCAAUGUCCUGCGCAUUGACCGGGCCAUCCCAGGCAAGACGCAUACUCGCGGCGUCGAGGUGCCACCUACAGAGGACUUGCUCACCCGGCACAAAUCCUCCAUAGCUGUGGACCUCAAGUCGCCAAGCGGCAUAUCUUUGAUCAAGGAGCUCGCCAAGGCUGCGGACGUCAUCAUCGACCCUUUCCGGCCCGGCGUGUUGGAGAAGCUGGGGCUUGGACCAGAUGUCCUGUCAAGCAUCAACCCGCGCAUCAUAUACGGCCGCAUGACGGGCUUUCGCCGCGAUGGCAAGUACGCCGCCAUGGCCGGCCACGACAUCAACUACCUUGCCGUCUCGGGCGUGCUGUCGCUUCUUGGUCGGGAUGGGGAGAAACCGCACCCGCCCUGGAAUAUCCUCGCCGACUUUGCCGGUGGUGGCGCCACGCUGUUCCAGGGCAUCCUCCUGGCCGUGCUGUCCAGAGAGAAGACGGGAAAGGGCCAGGUAGUCGAGGCAAACAUGGUCGAUGGCGCGUCCUACCUUGCGACCUUCCCGCGCCAGGCCCUCAAGACCCCCAUGGGAAACCAAGGCCGGGGCAGGAAUGUGCUGGACGGCGGGUGCCCCUACUACGACACGUACGAAACCAAGGACGGCAAGUACAUGUCUGUCGGCGCCCUGGAGCCCCAGUUCUACGCCGUCCUGGUCCAGGGCCUGGGGCUCGACGAGUCCUGGAACGCGCGCCGCUACGACCGCGCCCACUGGCCCGAGAUGAGGGAUCAGUUUGAGAGCACCUUCAGGUCCAAGACCCGCGCCGAGUGGGAACAGGUCUUCGACGGCACCGACGCCUGCUGCGCGCCCGUGCUCGAGUACCCGGAGCUCGAGGCCGAGCCCGGCAGGGAGGGCGACCAGCGGCCCGCCGUCGCCCUGCGGGACACGCCGCUGCUGGCCGUGCACCAGAGGGCGACCGACCCCGGCGCCCAGGGCCAGGGCAGCGGGGCCCCCGGGGGCGGCUACGUGGGCCAGGGGCUGCGGCCCGGGCAGGGCGGCGAGGAGGCGCUGGCGAAGUGGUUCGGGCUCAAGCAGGGCAAAGACUUCGAUGUCGAGAGGGGUGGGCUGGUGUUGAAGGAUAAGGCGAGGUUAUGA